UCUCUCUUGCUCAUGCACACAUACACACACACACACAUGCGCGCACACACACACCAUUGAAAAGUUAGAGCAAAGUCUUUCGUCUCUGACAGACUAGCAGCCACCCACUGCACGCUCCCCUGAGAGCACUGGACCCCUGCUCCCUCCCUUUCUUUCUCUCUCUCAGGCACUCGUUCACUCUUUCACUCACUCCCUUACUCAUACUCAUUCAUUCAAUCAAUCCAAAUUCUCGGCAGCUUCACUUGUCAGAGAGGACGUACAGGAAUACAGGAAUCUGCUACAGUCUCACCUCUGCCACUCAGCCAGCAUGUGGAUUCUUCUGCUCGGACUCACCUCUGGAUUGUUGGCCUCCUCUUGGGCAAGCUUUGCUGAUGAGGUGAAGCUGCGAAGCUGCAGUUAUGUGGGUGUAUUCCAUGUUCAGGGCAAGGAUCGAUACACUUUGACCUUUGACAAUGCAAAAAAAUUAUGUGAAGAUUUGGGAACAACCUUGGCCAGUCUGGAGCAGGUGACUGCUGCACAUGCCAAGGGCAUGGAGACCUGCAGGUAUGGCUGGAUCACCAAUGGAAACAUCACCAUUCUUCGACAUGAGCCGACCCAUCAGUGUGCAAACAACCAGACGGGGGUUAUCUCUUUGCUACCUCCGGAGACUGAAUUUGACACCUACUGCUUUGAUAAGACAGAUCAGUCUGACAAAAACUGCACAUUUGAAAUAAAAUAUCUGGGGCCUGAUGCUGGUUCUGAUAUGAUCACAGAAGCCAGUGAUAUCCAAGAUACGAACCACACCAACAUGCCAACCAACCUUCCUCCUACCACCAUAACAGCUUUUACUGAGAUAACUUCUGGCAUACAUGAGACAAGUCCCACUCCAACCAGCUCUCCUGAUGACCUCCUAGAUUCGACCACACAAACUGAGGAACCAGAUGACGUUAAAGAUGAGAUAAUUACCACAAUAUCUAGUCUAGAUAGCACUGGCUCAGGUAUGGGAGAGAUAACAAUCACCACCACAAGUGAACCAAACCCUGAAGAGGUGAGCCCAACAGAGGAGAAUAACAGCGAUGCAGGGAAUUACAGUGAUAUAGAGAACAAUUCAGAGACUCCAGUACCAACCACUGAAAAUAAGCCAGGUCACUCUGUGCAUCCAAGAGGAAGGAAGGGACCGGACAUGGCUACAGCACCAGAGGAGGAGCCCAAAAAUGGCAGCAGUAAAGAUUGGUUGGUCAUCUUGCUUGUGGUUUUGGCCGUCAUUGCUAUUAUUCUUGUGUGUGCUCUUGUGAUAACAAGGAACAGGUGGUGUGGAAGGAGCCAGACUCUGAUGAUCACCUCCAAGAGCAGCAGUGAGGGCAACGGGACAGCGGCAUCAGCAGCCAGCCCCCAGGCUCAGGAGAGAGAGCAGGAGAUGGUGACACUCAUGAACAAAGAGAAGAUCCAGGAGAACGGCAACACGGAGGAGUUUACCGUGAUCACUCUGGAAGAAUCACCAGAGAAAAAUGAGCAAGCAUGAGAGACAGAAUGAGACAGGGUGAGGAUGAGAGGUGGAAGAGUUUAGGGGAGAGAGUGUGAGAGAGAGAUGGGUCUUGAUUUAAGUCUUGACCAGACAGGGAGAAGCUCUUAGAUGCUUUGGGAACCAGAUAGACACUGAGAUACUGUUGGUGACGUAAAGUGUAACAUCUGUGAGGGUGGUAUAAAAUUCUGUCCUUAUGUUUAGUCUUUUUAUAUGAAAAAUUUCCAUUUCCUUGAUGGUAAGGAAUCGUCUAUAAUUGUCCUGCGGCUUCAAAACAAACAACACAACAGACUGUUCGAUUUAAGACAAAGGGGAAAAAUGAAAGAUUUCUUGACACACCACGGAGACAUCCUAAAUUUUAACCUGAGUCUGGGUUCUUAAUUCAUUUCUAGUGUCAUUUUGCCAAUCACACUGGGACAUCCUGAUGGUUAAUCUAGCACAAAUGACUUUUGGACAGUUGGUCUUUUGGAUAGUUUUCAUCUUUUUCCCCCAAAACAAUUAAGGUUAAACAACACAUGGUUAAAACUAAAGCUGGCAGAAACAAUUAAAGUAAGUAUUUUACUUAUUGUAAGUAAGUAAGUAAAGUAAGUAAGUAAAAUAAUUACAAAGAGAUGUUGAUACUCACCAGCUCACGUCUCCUAAUCUCAAAGCCUGUUACUACUUAGGCCUCAGUUAAGACACAUUUCAUCAUCUCCUGGUGUCAGUAUUUAGAUGUAAAAGUCAAUGAUAGCUUCAAGCUGACCUAAACACCUUUUCAUAAUUAUAACGAUUAUUUAUUUAAACUGGAUUUUAAUAUUGUGGUGUGCAGAGUGGUAAAAGCAGGUGAUAGUAUAGCAAUGAGGCAGGCAGAGAAAGAUGUAGGCUUAAAUAAGGGCCAUUAAAGUCCAUGCACAUAGUGCGACAAUUUCGUCUUCAGUGGGUUCGAGAUAACACAAGACAGGACAAAUAAAGUGAAAUGAAGAGGCUGAUAUGUGUUUUAGAGUCCUUUAAAAGGGUCUUUUCUUACUUUCAUUUUAGCCUGGUAUAAAUUUGAGAUUUUUUUUCCCUGCGAAUGACUUUUUUUUUAUUGUUGUUGUUUGUUUGUUAUUUGUCGGUUGGCCGGUUGAUUGAUUGUUUUUUUAAUUUUAUUUUUAUCCUUUAAUUUAUCCUUUUGUAUAUACCACUAUGCUUGUUUACUAUUGUGUUCAACAUGAGCUUGGAAUAGCCAGAACAUCAUAUCCAUUACUUUAGUCAGUGAAAGUGAAAACCUGUUUGCACCCUUACUGAUGAUGUAAUAUGACACUGUAACUUGCUACCAAUGUUUUAAUAUUUUGAUCUCCAAAAGUCUAUCAAAAAAAAAAAAAAACGGAACAAGAAAAAUGCUAUUGAAAAAUUAUAUCAUUAUUCUUCUCAUCUGAUCACGCAUAUGCAAUUUACAUAUAGUUACUCUCAUGACAGUUGAGGUACAAAAUGCCAAUAAUACAGUGUACCGACAUCAACGAUGCAGUUAUUUAUUUUAAGAUGGAAAAAUGCUUAAAUUAUGUCUCUUAAUGUUCAUACUUUGCACCUUACAUUGCCUCUAAAAGCUUGAAACAUAUGUACAUAUGAGCACACAUAAGCUUCCACAUAAGCUUUCUCCUCAUACACAUUUCAGUUUCAUAUUUCUGCUUUUUCCUCUUUUGUCUUUUUAUGAUGGCAUCUACUCUUGAACGUGCUUUGUUUAAGAAAGAUUAGCAUAUGCAGUAGUGGUAGGAGUGUGUACAUUGAUCAAAUAACAAAUUAUUGUUAAUUAAAAAAAAACAUUGUGGAAGUCCAGGAUAAAAUAAAAAAAUGUAUAGAUGUGU